AUGCGUGCUAUCACGAGCACCACGUGCGCCAGCCUGCAGCGACAGGCUCCUCGCCCCAUCGGCGGCAGCGCUUUCAAGCCCCUGGAGGCUCACACCUGGGGUGCCCCUGCCCGUGGACUGCAUGCCUCCCGUCGCGUGCUGACUCAGGUUGCCGCCGGAGCCGGCGACCGGGGCCCGGUCACCAAGACCGUCUACUUUGACAUCACCAUCGGCGGGAAGCCCGAGGGCCGCAUCACCAUCGGACUGUACGGCGAUGAUGUGCCAAAGACGGCCGAGAACUUCAGGACCCUGGCCGUGGGCAAAGGGGAGCUGACCUACAAGGGCUCACCCUUCCACCGCGUCAUCCCGGACUUCAUGAUCCAGGGGGGCGACUUCACCAACCAGAACGGCACUGGCGGGAAGAGCAUCUAUGGCCGCACCUUCCCCGACGAGAACUUCAAGUUCAAGCACACCAAGGUGGGGCUCCUGUCCAUGGCCAAUGCUGGACCCAACACCAACGGCUCCCAGUUCUUCAUCACCACCGCCCUGACCCCGUGGCUGGACGGCCGCCACGUCGUCUUUGGCGAGGUCAUCGAUGGGUACGAUGUGGUGAAGAAGAUUGAGGGAACCAGGACGUCGCGUGGGGACAAGCCCGUGGAGCCCGUCCUGGUGGCCGACGCCGGCGAGCUUUGA